AUGAACAAAGAGAUACUUGUGAUUGAAAAAGCAAAAAAAACUUAUGUAGAAGAUCGUAGAAAAUUCAAAACAGAUAAAACAAAAUUAGGCAUUUUACUACAUGACCAAAUUACUUCCAUUUAUAAAGAGUUAUCACAAGAAGAAAAAGGUGAUAAUAUUGAUAAGUUGAAAUCAUUUGGCAUACAAACCUCAGCAACAAUUCAAGGCAUAGGAAAUUUAUCUGGUUUGUUAUUGUUACUAAUUCAAUUAAGGUCAAUUAUAUUUCAAAAUUGUAAUAUAAUGAAUGGAAUAUUUGGUAACUUAUCCAAUGAUGAUGAUCGAAGUACACCACCAUUACAAAAGAAGUGGUUGGUUGAAAUAGAAAGAAUAGAAAUUGAUUGUAAUUAUGAUGAUAUUAUAACAUUAGGAAUAGAUACUCAAAUUCUUAUUAAUUGGCCAAAACCAAAAAUUGCAGUAUUACCAAAUUCAUUAGCAUUAUCAGUCAUUAAAUUUGAAGCAAUGGGCUAUAGGUAUAUAAAGAACAACAAUAAUAAUAGCUAUGCUGAUGAAGAAAUCAAUAAUAUAUAUAAUAGUAUAAAAGCAGUGAAUAAUAACCUAACUAAACAUGAAUUACUAAUUGAUAAUAAAAUCUUAUCUACUAAUGAACAGUAG